UAUGUUACUGACCAGCGUAGUAGUUUGGCAAUUGUCUUUAAAGUGCGUUGCGUCUGUACGCGACUCCAAGAAUUUCGUUGAUCAAGUGGUGUCAAUAAACAGUUACCGGUCCAAAUAAGAAUAAUAAGUUACUCGAUUACUGUCUAACGUUCGUGCGAGCUUGAGGAAGAUUUCAAGUAGCUGUCUAAAACGCGUGUGUAUCAUGAAACGCGUGUCUGAACCCGCUCGGAGUAGCCUGUUGGACGUUGUCAGAAAAAACCUUCGUGCUGCUGGCAGGGUACAGUAUCAUUUAUUUGUCUGUUGUCUAAUUCCAUGAUAAUUUUACAUCUUUUGUUGUUUUAAAUUUUAUUUCGCAAAAUUUGUAUACGCUGUUUGUGCGCUUGUGCCUGCCUAGAGUGACCUCUACCUUUGCCCCUCCAUGUUUUUGAAACUUUUUACUUCAAAAACAUGUGUGCUGUGUCGUUAACUACGUGUCAGUGUAUAUUUAAGAAAUUAUUAACGGUAAGAAAAAUUAUAUUUAGAGUAUGUAUAUUACACGCAUCGUCUAUAUCGGAGAGUAUUAUGGCUCAAAUUCCACGCUGGCAGAGGUACGUGUAUAAUAGAGUUGGUACAAUUUUGUAUAGACGAAGUCAGAAAGCCAUAUACGGAUAUAGUUGGAAUAAAUGCAAUUUCUAGAAAAUGGAAUCUAUAAUACGUCGUUUACAAGCAGAGUACACUAACCUGUCGAUUACUGGCUUGUUUCUCGUUUAUCCGCAAUAUUAUAUUCAUAUGCUAGAGGCACCGGAAGAUAUAAUUUAUAGACAUUUCAAAUCAUUGCACGACGAUAAGAUCCAAGACUGUGAAAUAUUGCAAUCAAUCUUUCUUCCGACUUAUCACCACGUCCAUCAAAGAUUUUUUUCGGGAUGGUUCCACGUGUUCACUAUACCGCCAACGUUGAUACAAAAAAUAGAAUCCUACGAGUUGGAGGAUAUUCAAGUGCAAAUGUCCAAUUGUUACAGGAAAAUAUACGCGUUUUGCGAUUAUAUCUCGAGUACGGUCCGCGAUCGCUCGGUCCCGAUGAAGGAUGUCGUGAGGAACUUGAACGAUAAGAUUUCGAGACUUUAUCCCGAAAGUACGUUGUUGGAAUAUUUAUUAAACAUAGACAGCCCUGUUCUUUUGACGGUCAAAGAGUAUUUAAAAGUGUAUUCUUCGGUCCCGCUCGUUAAUCUGUAUUCAGGUAACACUACUGCAAGCUCAAUAGUAAUAGUACUUUAUAAUUUUAAAUACAAUUGUUUCCAAGAGUAUUUACAAUAUCAAAAAAAGUCUCCUUUUAUAGGGUACAUGAAAUUUGUUGUCAGAUAUCGCUAA